CCAAAGAGUCCACCAGUUUGGUUGGAAUGUUGUGUGGCUCAGUUGUUGUUGAACUGCCGCAGCACAAAGUACUCGCGUUCAGCUUAAAAGCAAAAUAUAUUCUCUCGUCAAUUUUCCGUUGCUCUUUUUGCUGCUUUUCUGUGGGAACCGCAAUUGAUCGCAUGUAAUUGCACAAAGCUCUCAAUUUCGGAGUGACAAACGUGAUUGAAUGCAAAAGAAAUUGAUGACAUUGGUGGAUGCCGUUGUGAUUGAAUCUCUUCAUCUCGGCGCGAUUGGAUUACACCAGCAGCCGCAAGAUAUUUUGUGCUCACAGAGGGGCUUCGUGUUUGUGUACCAACCAAGGUACAAAUGGACAAAUUGAGGUGGGCCACCUGUUAGAGAGAGCAUGAUGGCAUCCACAGUGGAAUCCUCGCGGCAUCAGCAGGAGCGUCAGGCGCACGAUGGGAGACCCACGAGUGCCUAUGAUAAUCUCAAUGGUGGCACAAAGGGUGGAGGAGGGUUGAAGGGGGAAGGGGGUAGGAAGGCCGCCAGGUCAUCGUUGGGGGAGGAAUCAAUUCGACGGAGCAACGGUGGCUUCCCGUACACGGAGAUCUCAUUCAAGUUCGAUGCAAUUCCAGCUGCGAGUGAGCAUCAGAGUGGCGUCAUGGGCAGGAAUGACGAUGCUGUGACGCACGAUAAGUGUGGUGAGAGAAAUCCCGGCGCAGCUUCUCCACCUGGAAGUCAGUAUGGAGGUGCUGAGAAGAGCGACAAGGUAGUGAAUCUCAGUGAGGUGCAACAGAGUGAUGAGAAGAGGCGCCACGAUCACAAGGCGAUCAUCAGUAGUGCAAAAUCGAAUUUUUUCGGUCUAAACGGGAAUCAGAGUGAGGCUGAGAAGAAGGACACUGCCGAGGGGCUCACAGACAAGGGAAGAGUUCCCAGACGACGAAUAAGGCUGAAGAUGGACGACGAUGAGGAGGAUUCGGAAGAGUAUGGCGAGGAGACGGUUAAACUUCUCCCGGAAGUGGUGAACACAUUCAACCUUCCCGCCACAAAUGGUUACCAAAAUGUCCCGCGGAAUAGCCAUAAAUUCCAGCAUCAAGUUAGUUAUGUGCAAGAGAUGAAACUCGUGGAGUCUUCAUCGUCAGACUCAGCUCCAGCGAAAAGUGAUGUCGUUGUGCCGAGAAUUAAAAAUCCCGCCAGAUCCUCAACACCAGACAAUGAGUCCCACAGGCUCAGCCAACCUUCACAGGCAGUUUACAUGGCCACCACUGUGCCGCAAAAUAUGAAACCCAUCCAAAUUGCAGGGAGGCACGUGCCAACAAGAUCCAGUCUUAGGCAUUCGCGUAUGUUGGUUGUUAAUAAAAAUUUCAAAGAAAAUGGAAAACCAAAUCCACUGAAUUUGCGACAUCCAAAGUGGGGAAAAACCUGCAUGAUACUGCAGAUCCUUUCUGGGAUUCUAGCAAUUGGAAUUGGGCUGUGGCUUCUCCUCUGGGCACCAAGCACGAGAGUCCAGGACAAUCCCUACUGGAGUGGUCUCAUUCUCAUUGUCUGUGGGUCCCUCGGAUGCGCCGCUAUGGACUUCAAGAGAGCUCCACGGAGUAAAUCGCGCGAGAUUUGUUUUCGAUUGCUUAAAAUAAAGUUCAGCGUUUUCCUCGUUCUGGCCACGUUGACCACCCUCCUGGCUGCGUUGUUUGCUGCCGUCCAUCUGGGAGCGCUCUCAGCCUCCUCAACCAACUGCCUGCCCUCAAACAUCUUCACCGUCAGCUCCACGUGCGUGUGCCUCUUUGGAACGCGAAAUGAGACAACGGACCACUUGGAAGUUCUUCGGCACACAGGAGGGGAUUCGGAGAAAGCAGUUUCCACCGGAGGGACGGAAUUCCACUACAGGGAUCUCAAUUGCAGGGAGGUAGUGGGACCUUUCCGCUACAUUCUCAUGGGAUCAAUUGCAACGAAUCUCGUGGGUUUCGUGGCCGCGGCGACAGUCCUCAUUCUCUACUGGACUGGAAGGCGCCAGAGACGGAGACACGGGCCAAUGGGGAUUCCACAGACAGUAGCACAACUUCCAGAAUGCAGAGAUGUGCCGGAUUGUGUUGAUUCGACGUGAUGGAAGCUUAAUUACUUUUUUUCCAAAUGGGAGGGUGGAAAUUUUGUAAGAUAUUUUCUCAAUUAAAUAUAACAUGAUGCCUCUGAAAAA